AUGCAAGACGAAGUCGCCGCUCUCGUUAUUGACAAUGGCUCCGGCAUGUGCAAGGCCGGCUUUGCUGGUGACGAUGCCCCUCGGGCCGUAUUCCCUUCCAUAGUCGGACGUCCUCGCCACCACGGGAUCAUGGUCGGCAUGGGCCAGAAAGACUCGUACGUUGGCGAUGAAGCCCAGUCCAAGCGAGGCGUUCUCAGUCUGCAAUAUCCGAUCGAACACGGCAUCGUCACCAACUGGGAUGAGAUGGAGAAAAUCUGGCAUCACACGUUCUACAAUGAACUGCGAGUCGCCCCGGAAGAGCACCCAGUCCUUCUGACGGAAGCCCCUAUAAAUCCCAAGUCAAACAGGGAGAAGAUGACGCAAAUCAUGUUCGAGACGUUCAACUCACCGGCUUUCUAUGUCUCUAUCCAGGCCGUUCUCUCCCUUUACAGCUCCGGGAGGACGACGGGCGUCGUCGUCGACUCGGGCGACGGAGUGACGCACAUUGUGCCGAUCUACGAGGGCUUCUCGAUGCCGCACGCCAUCUCGCGCAUCGACAUGGCCGGGCGCGACCUCACAGACUACCUGAUGAAGCUCCUCUCACAGCGCGGCUACCCCUUCUCGACCUCUGCCGAGCGCGAGAUCGUCCGCGACAUCAAGGAGAAGCUGUGCUACGUCGCCCUCGACUUCGACAAGGAGCUGCAGACCGCGGCGCACAGCUCCAGCGUCGAGAAGACCUACGAGCUGCCUGACGGCCAGGUUAUUACCAUCGGCGACGAGCGUUUCCGUGCGCCAGAGGCGCUGUUCGACCCUAGUGUCCUCGGUCUGGAGGGAGGAGGGGUCCACCAGACGCUGUACAACUCCAUCAACAAGUGCGACAUUGACGUCCGGAAGGAAUUGUACGGUAACAUGGUCAUUUCCGGUGGCACGACCAUGUUCCCGGGCAUAACCGAUCGCUUGCAGCAGGAGCUCACAAACAUGGCGCCUUCAUCGAUGAGGGCAAAGGUGAUUGCGCCUCCUGAGCGCAAGUACUCAGUCUGGAUCGGAGGCUCUAUCCUCGCGUCCCUGUCGACAUUCCAGCAGAUGUGGAUCUCGAAGCAGGAGUACGACGAAAGCGGGCCGUCCAUCGUGCAUCGUAAAUGCUUCUAG